UUAUUGAAAAUUCUAUAAGAAAUAAAGUAAAAUUUGAUUUAUAUUCAUUUUAUCAUCUAUCAAGUUAUCGAAACUAAUUCUUUUCAUAAUUUAAAAAAUAAAUAAAUUUGUAUUUUGUUAAUAAACUCACUAUUUAUUUUCGUACAGCAUAUAACAUAUUGCAAUAUUAUUGCGAUAUUGUAAUAUUGGUGCAAUAUUGUUGCAAUAUUACAUACUGUGUGGGUCAUGUGUGUAAACAAGAACAAUUCGCAAAAAAUUAGCCUUAUUCAUAAAUAAAAUAUAAAAAAAUGUAAACGUUUGACUAUUUUUUAUUAGUCAAUAGCCAAAAUUUUCUACGAUGAAGUUUUUAUUAAAGAAAUGUAAAAUUUGAAUUACACGUGACUUAAUAACUGCAAAAUUUUGUGGGAACCUAUUAGACUAUAAUAACGAUAAAUAAAUAGUUAAAUGUUAACAUACCUUGACGUUCUACUUAUGAAACAAGUCAAUUCUCUGAAUUACUUCUUUUACACAUAAUUAUAUGAGUUAAUGUCAUACAGUUUUUAUUUUAAUUUUUUCAUACUAUUCUGCCUAAUGUCAUUAAUUAUUUAAAAUGUUACUAUUUUGUUAUUGCUGUAUGCGAAGGUGUGAAAUACACUGUAUUCGUGGUAUAAAUACACUGAAAUUUCACAUAUCAUUAUAGAAUGAUAGUAAAGCUCAAAAGAAAGAAGACGCAAUGAGCAAGAAAAUAUUAUCAGCUGUUAAAAAAUCAAAAGAUUAUGAAAUUGACAGUAGUGAUUCAAGCUUAAAUGCUCUAAAUCUAAGAGUGACUUACUUACAAAAAUAUCCAUUUUAGAAAUGGAUGUGAAAAAGUUACGGCUAGACAAUGCACGUUUGCGAGUAUUGCGAAGCGUAAGCGAAGAACUUCCGAAAGUGACAGAAAAAAUGCGAAGUUUAGAAAAGACUGCAGAGCGAAUUCAGAAAAUAUUAUCUGAACAAUUAAAGCAACUUAGUGUGUUACAUGUCCAUGAGCAAGAGAAAACUGACGAUUAUACUAAGACUAUUACGAAGAAUAGCAAUCCACUUGAUGAUAAUGAUACAUCAACAGAAUGCUCUGCGAUGAUAACUGAUACAAAAAGUUUAAGCGUAUUAAAGAACAAUAGUGAGAACAAAAAAGUUGAACAAAAAUCGUAUGCAUCAUUCAUUCAGGGUGCAACUGAUGAAUGUAUGAUAUUACAGAUUAAAUCUGAAAGACGAGAGUCAAAUGAUAAUGAUAAUAAAGAGAGCAUAUUCACGCCUAAUAAUUGCAGCGUCAACUGUACUCAAAGUACAAAUUCAAAGGUUAAUGAUGACAUAAGCAUCGACAUUGGAGGAGUGCUCGUAGAUUUUACACGCUACAGCAGAUGCAGUAGAGAAAACUUCAGAAAGUUUACUAGCGACUUACUUGGCGCGGUAUUUUCAAGAGAAAUCUUGGCGACUUCCAGUUUAACUGGAAAAAUCUCGAAUAUUCAAAAGGCCGCUGAUCCAAAUUAUAAAAGAAAAGCCAAAUUAGAUACGAAAAAGUUAGAAGCAAUAAAAGCUCAUGCAAUAUCAAUUUUUGGAUAUUUAAAUGAUGUGGAUAAAAUUUUCGAGAAAAUAGUCCGUGCCAAGUGCAACAAUGCUUCUCGUGAUAACAAGAACCAACUAAAAUAAAUAAAAUAUUAAAAUUAAUAAGACGUUCCUAAACAAAAUAUUCAGAAUAAUAAGAUGUUUUUAAAUAAAAUAUUUCUAUAAAUAAGUA